AGUCCAGACAUAUUACUGAAAUAAAACUAAAACUCCAUUACAAAUCAGACUCAUAUUAGACGAGAGGACAGCUGAAGUCGGACGUAUACGGAGUGACGGAACAUCAACACAUUAGCAUGGCUCAACAACAACAACAACAACCCUACCCUGGCAUGCAGCAACAGGUUGGCUACAAUCCAGGUAUGCAGCAACAACAGAUGAUUGGUCAGCCGGGUAUGGUGGUAGUAACGAACGCGCCCCAACAGUCACUCCCUAUCGUGAAAUCCUUCCGCGACACCCCACAGAGAAUGCAGUGCCCCAACUGUAGUCAGGACAUCGUAACUGUCAUGACCUUUGUACCCGGUGUAAACACUAUCGUAUGCUGUCUCAUCAUCGCUCUCCUCGGUGGCGUGCUUGGUUGUUUCAUCAUCCCAUUCUUCAUGGACAGUUGUAAGGACGUCAUUCACAAUUGUCCCAAUUGCCGAACAAAGCUGGGACGCUACACCAAAAUGUAACGAAGGCUUUCAUUGGCUACCUCUACCGAUACCUAACUGUGAUAUUCUAUUCUUACAACAUACUUACAGUCGUUAAAGUUUACUGGUGACAUCAUGGCGUUUGCAAUACUCUUCGGUGACUGUUCGCAGAAUAACAAACCGGAUUUGCUAAUUACUGGCAGAUAACCUGUGACGUCAUUGUGGUCUGAAUGCCCCGGUAAACAAAUAACAACAAACAGAAUCUUGAUACUUUGUUACAUGUUUCUUAAUUGAAUUUCGAAACAGUUUUCCUCUGUCUAAUAUUUAAAGUAUAUUUUAAAUUAUAUUUACAUAUCAAAAAGGCUGUACAUUUAUUAGUCUUAUACGCUUUACACAAAUAUACUACAGAUUUACACUGUUUUAAAGCAUAAUAUAACAACUGGAAUAAAUGUAUCUCGGUUAUAUGAUUAAA